AUGCUUGUCCUACAGACCAUCAUCACAGUGCGCGCAACAAGCAUCUUCUCGACCGUCCCGAUCACUCUUGGGGAGCCCAAGCGACCCUAUGGCACCAUUGUCACUCUCGGCGUGCUUGCACGCCACCAGCAGCACCUGUUCUGUUUACGCAUCGACCCUGCAAUCGAUGGUCACAAAAACUUGGUCGUGAUUGAGGAGUCACAUGCGAUGCUGAUUGAUGACCCAGCCGUGCAAAAUCCCUUCGGCGGCAUUGGUUACCGGAUGCAUACAAGCUACAUCGAGAAGGAAGGUGGGUUUGACCUCGGUGUCACCAAAAAUCGCGUUUUCAAGAUUGUCAACGAGGCGAGGAUGAACAGCAUGACACAGACACCUGUAGGUUUUAAGCUGCUCCCUUCGGACAGCCAGAUGCGCCUGGCACACCCUUCGUCGUUCCAUGCAAAACGAUCAGAGUAUGGACAACACGCUGCGUGGGUGACCAAGCAGCGUGAGGAUGAAGUGUUUCCAUCAGGGAGGUAUACGAUGCAGUCUAUGGGCGGCGAAGGCAUUGCGAGCGCGAUCGAGAAGAGAGCCGAAGAUGAGAAGGAAUCGGGAGUCAGGAACGAGGAUUUGGUGGUGUGGCAUACUUUUGGAUCGACCCACAAUCCAAGGAUUGAGGAUUGGCCGGUUAUGCCCUGUGAGAAGGUGGCGGUUGGGUUGAAGCCGGUGAAUUCUUUGCGUCUAAACCGGGACUCGAUGUCGCGCCGUUGA